GUAAGAUGUCUGAUAUGGCCGGACCCGCUAGUACCGAUUUCCGGUGGAAAUCACCGCCACAGCCACCUCCACCACCACAACAACAGAUCAUAUCCGAUUCGGAUUCGGAUUCGGGAUCCGAUUCAGAUAACCAUCAGCACCGCCACAAUGAUCUAUCCAACUCCAUCUUCAAAGCUUACCUCGAUUGCCACUCAUCUUCGUCUCCGUCCUCCAUUGACCUCGCCAAGAUCCAAUCGUUUCUCUCCUCGUCUUCCUCUGGUGCUGUCUCUUGCCUUAUCUGUCUCGAACGCAUCAAACGCACCGAUCCCACCUGGUCCUGCACUUCCUUAUGCUUCGCCGUCUUUCACCUUUUCUGCAUCCAAUCAUGGGCUCGGCAGUGCUUAGAUCUACAAGCCGCACGUGCAGUCACUCGACAGUCUUCCACUCCGACCGAACCGGACGCGGUCUGGAACUGUCCGAAAUGUAGAUCGUCGUAUCAAAAGACCGAGAUCCCGAGGCGGUACCUUUGUUACUGCGGAAAGGAGGAGGAUCCUCCGGCGGAUAACCCAUGGAUCCUUCCUCAUUCUUGCGGCGAGGUCUGCGAGCGGCCGCUGAGCAACAAUUGUGGUCACUGCUGCUUGCUAUUGUGCCAUCCUGGCCCUUGUGCCUCUUGCCCCAAGCUCGUGAAAGCUAAUUGCUUCUGCGGCGGUGUCGAAGACGUUCGUCGGUGUGGGCACAAGCUAUUCUCUUGCGGAAAAGUCUGCAACAGAGUGUUAGAUUGUGAUAUCCAUAAGUGCAGAGAGAUUUGCCAUGAUGGUGAGUGCCCACCGUGCAGGGAGCGCGCGGUUUACAGGUGCUGCUGUGGUAAACUGAAGGAAGAAAAGGAUUGCUGCGAGAGAGUGUUUAGGUGUGAGGCCUCCUGUGAAAAUAUGCUGAAUUGCGGCAAACAUGUAUGCGAGAGAGGCUGUCAUUCUGGAGAAUGUGGGUUGUGUCCAUAUCAGGGAAAGAGGAGUUGUCCUUGCGGCAAGAAAUUCUACCAAGGCUUGUCUUGUGAUGUUGCGGCGCCUUUGUGUGGCGGCACAUGUGAUAAAGUUCUUGGUUGUGGCUACCAUAGGUGUCCAGAGAGGUGUCACCGCGGUCCGUGCCUUGAGACUUGCAGGAUUGUGGUUACUAAGUCUUGCAGAUGCGGAGGAACUAAAAAACAGGUUCCUUGCCAUCAAGAGUUGGCGUGUGAGAGGAAAUGCCAGAGAAUGAGGGAUUGUGCACGUCAUGCAUGUAGACGCCGUUGUUGUGAUGGUGAAUGUCCUCCAUGUUCAGAGAUUUGUGGAAAAAAGCUUCCUUGUAGGAAUCAUAAAUGCCAGUCUCCUUGUCACCAAGGUUUAUGUGCUCCUUGUCCAAUAAUGGUAACAAUAUCAUGUGCUUGUGGUGAGACGCAUUUCGAGGUACCCUGUGGCACUGAAACAAAUCAGAAACCUCCUAGAUGCCGUAAAUUAUGUCACAUAACCCCAUUGUGCAGGCAUGGGCAAAACCAAAAGCCACAUAAAUGCCACUAUGGUGCUUGUCCUCCAUGUCGACUCCUUUGUGAUGAAGAAUAUCCAUGUGGGCACAAGUGCAAACUAAGGUGUCAUGGUCCUAGACCUCCACCUAACCGAGAAUUUAUGAUUAAACCAACAAAGAAGAUGUUGAAUUUUCAUGCUGAAUCUACACCAGGUUCUCCCUGCCCUCGUUGUCCAGAGCUUGUCUGGAGACCCUGUGUAGGCCACCAUCUGGCAGCAGAGAAAAUGAUGGUCUGCUCUGAUAGAACUCAAUUUGCAUGCGAUAAUUUAUGUGGAAAUCCUCUUCCAUGUGGGAACCAUUACUGUUCCUUUACCUGUCAUCCCUUGGAUAUAAGAAGUUCAUCAUUGGAUAAAAGAAGUGAGUCCUGUGAAAAGUGUGAUCUCCGCUGUCAAAAGGAGAGAACACCACGAUGCCAACAUCCGUGUCCUCGACGAUGCCAUCCCGAAGAUUGUCCACCUUGCAAAACUCUAGUAAAGAGAUCAUGCCACUGUGGCGCGAUGGUGCAUGCAUUCGAGUGCAUUUACUACAAUACAUUGUCCGAGAAGGACCAAACGAAGGCCCGCUCAUGCCGUGGACCUUGUCACAGAAAAUUGCCAAACUGUACGCAUCUGUGUCCGGAGAUAUGUCAUCCUGGGCAGUGCCCAUCGCCAGAAAAGUGUGGGAAAAAGGUGAUUGUUCGGUGCAAGUGCCUAACUUUGAAGAAGGAAUGGUUAUGCCAAGAUGUUCAAGCAGCCCAUCGGGCCACAGGUUCUGAUCCUAAAGAUGUACCAAAGAACCAGUUUGGUGUCGGCCUCCUCCCCUGCGAUUCCAAUUGUAAGAGCAAACUACAGAUGGCAGAAUCGGUGUUACAACAACGCAAUGUCAAAGAGAUGGAGGAGAAGGAGGAGCCUAGUGGGAAAAAUGCAACAAAGCGAAGGAGAAGGCGUGAACGGGGACAGGACAUUAAGGAGACCUCAAAGCUGCUGAAACUUGCUGUUGCCACAAAGAAGGUAGUGAUGUUGGUGAUGUUAAUUGCUGUUCUGGUCGCUGUUUCAUACUACGGUUAUAAGGGACUCUUGUGGCUUUCCGAUUGGAUGAAUGAGGUCGAAGAACAAAGACAAAAGUCUAGAAGAUACCCGCGAAUCUAAUCGUUGUUGCUUCUCAAGCUUUGAAACUGUCCAGUUACAACACAGUUAGCAUUGACACAUUUGAUAUUUUCUUUUGGUUUAUUCACCGAAACUACUUCAAAUAAGAGAUAGAGAGAGAUUUACAGUCAGUUGGUUGGUUUUACU